AUGGCUAGUGAGGAGGGUUUUGUAGUCUUGGUUCACCAUAGAGGAUCGAUUAAGAGGAAAAUACGAUCCGGUGUGAAGUUCACUGAUAAGGAUCCUCUCAGUAUUUUCUUGAGGCCUACGACUAGCUAUGAUGACCUUGUUAGUUCUGUUCUACGGAAACUUGGUCUAGAAGGCGUGAAACAGGUUAAAAAGUUUUUCUAUCGCAUUCCAAUCUCGGUCCUCCAAGAAAUCGUGAAAUAUGAUUGUUUCACGAUCGGUAGUGAUGAGGACUUGCAGGUCCUACUUUAUUGUCGUCGGCAGUUUUUCGAAGUCAGAACACUAGAACUAUUGGCAAAGUUGGUUGAUGUGGUAUCCACCUCGGGGGGUUCGAAUCGGAAUACCCCCACUGUAGCCAUGGUAGCCGGUUCUAGCUCCAGACCUGUCGACGACGACGAUGUGGAGCCGGAUAUCAUUGCUGAUGACAGUGGCGAUGAUAUUGGACCGAGUGAGCCUGCUAGUGCGGGAGGUGGUUCUAGCUCUGGCACACAGCUCUACCCUCCAUAUUUUUCAUCUUUGGACUUGGAUGCAAUGAGGCAGGAGGGGGAUCCUGGGGAGGCUGCUGGUUUUGGCGCCAGAGAUGCGGAAGGGUCUGCAAGUCUAACAGAGUUUCAGGUUGGUCAGUAA